AUGCCCUAUGCCUCAUUUUCGUCCACGGCCGACCUCAGGGCCGCGGUCAACCUGUGGUGCACCGACGAGUCGGCGGCCCUCGCACGGUAUGGCCACAUUUCGGGGUGGGACGUUGGGGCCAUCACGGACAUAGCGGGUCUGUUCUGCGCUGAGUCGUGGUGCCCGAAUGUAUACGUGGGCUCGUCUCCGACAGGCAAGGAAACGUGCAACCCAGACAUCUCGGCUUGGAACGUGUCGGCGGUCAGAGACAUGAGCAAUACGUUCAGAGGCGCCUCCGCCUUCAACCAGAACAUCGGGCCGUGGGUUACGUCGGGGGUCACCGAGAUGCUGUGCAUGUUCCAAGGCGCCGCCUCCUUCGACCAGGACAUCGGGUCGUGGGACACGUCGGCUGUAACUCGCAUGUGGGCGACGUUUUAUGGUGCCUCCUCCUUCAACCAGGACAUCGGGUCCUGGGACACAUCGGCUGUGACCACCAUGAACUCCAUGUUCGGCGGCGCCUCCUCCUUCGACCAGGACAUCGGGUCGUGGAACGUGUCGGCGGUCACCAUUAUGAGCGGCAUGUUCUGGAACGCCAUCGCCUUCGACCAGGACAUCGGGUCGUGGGACGUGUUGGCGGCCACCGACAUGAGCGGCAUGUUCGCACUCGCCUCCUCCUUCAACCAGAACAUCGGGCCGUGGGUAACGUCGGCGGUCACCGUGAUGGUGGGCAUGUUCCGAGACGCCGCCUCCUUCGACCAGGACAUCGGGUCGUGGGACACGUCGGCGGUCACCAAUAUGGUCGAGAUGUUCGACCGCGCCACCUCCCUCAGUGACUGCAACAAGGCGCUCAUCUACGCCAGCUUUGUGAAGCAGACGAGCGCGUGGCCCGACGCCUACGACUGGAGCUCGUUUGCGGGCGCCAUCGAGCCGAGGGUUUCCACAAUCUUGGAGCGCGACCCGAGCAUCUCCGAGGCGGCGCACGACUACGAGAAGAUGAACAUCGCAACGCCCAAGCAGCUCACCUACGUCGGCGCCGCCGAAAACCGGCGCGGCAUCACCAACUUCAUGUGCGUCGACGAGAAGGUCGUCCUGCUCCGCAAGCUCAAGGGCCUCGAUGGCAUGCGCGAGGAGGUGGCCGCCUUCGCCGCGUCAGCCGCCGGCCAGGAGCCGGGCGGCUUCCACGGCACCGCCGGGGAGGAGCUCUCCGAGUGCCUCGCGUACGUGCUUGACUCGGAGGCGGGCGCGAGCAGCAUCCACUUCCAGCACGGGUUGAUGCGCGAUUGCGACGCUAACGGCCAGCUGUUGCCAGAGCGCAUCAAGUGGGUCAACGGCCGCGGCGUUGGCGGCAAGCGCCUCGCCGACUUCUUCGACGACGAGCGCGUCCAGAAGUCGGGUGUAAAGAUCGAGCACGUCGCUGCGCUCCGCCUCUACACCACCGCCGCAUUCGCCCACAUCAACGACCCACUGCGCGACAUGGAGCGGCGCAAGGCGGGCAAGCCGCACCCGCUGCCUAUGAUCGUGACGCUCGUCGAGGAGGCGUGCAAGAAGCUCGGCGCCGCCGAAGCGAUGCAGGCAGACGCGAACCAGCCGAUGGACCUCUUUCGAGGCAUGAAGUCGGUCGAGCUGCCGCCCAACUUCCUGAACGAGGGCGGCGUCGCAGUUGAGUACUCGAUUAGCACGACGUCCGUGAUCCUGCGCAUCGCGACGUCGAGUGCCGUCAAGCGCGGUGUGGGCGUUAAGUGGCUCUCGGCUUUCCCCGCCGAGGAGGAGAUCCUCUUCCCGCCUCUCACCCACAUGCAGGCGGUGGGCACGCUCGAGACGUUCACCCUCGACGGGAACGCGUGGACCAUCGUCACCGUAGAGCCGACGCUGCCUUGA